AUGGCCUUCUCAGGGUGCAUGACUUGCAUCGACAUGCAAAUCUCCCCCGCGAUGGCAAAGCAGCAUGCCGGGUUCGGAUCAGACCACACGGCAGGCCUAUUCCCAACUCAACCCGCGGCGGCGGCAGCGGCGUCCUGGCCUGAGGUCGACGCCGUCGCCGCGGCGGAGGAGUGCGUCGACCAGCGGCGCUUCCGUCGGAGGAUAUCGAACCGAGAGUCCGCGCGGCGGUCCCGCGCGCGGAAGCAGCGCCACCUCAACGAGCUCAGGGACAGCGCGGCGCUCCUGGAGCGCGGGAAUCGCGACCUGGCGGCGCGCGCGGAGGCCGCGCGCGACGGGCUGGCCCUCGCCUUGCUCGCCAACGCCAAGUUGCGCGCCGAGGCCGCCGCGCUGUCCCGUCGGCUCGCGGCCGCCCGCCGCGCCCUCGUCCUCCUCGGCCGUGUGUACGCCGGGGCCGAUGCUGUUGCCAGCGUCGACGGCGACUGCUGCCUCGGGUCCACGGACAUUGAGAUUCAGCAGAUGGUUGCCUCGUUGAUCGCGUAG